AUGGAAUAAUAAAUUAACAUUAUAUAUCAUGUUAUUAUAUUAAUAUUCAUAGAUAUUUUGCUACAAUUACAAGUACAGCGUAAUCUGUAAAACAUUUAUACUAUGUUCAAGAUAGGUUGUAUUAUUUAACGAACAACUACUACUAACAUCAGCCAGCUCUAAAUAGUUUUCCUACCAAUGUCCAAUACGAUAUAUAAUACUAUUUGUACCUACUGUCUAAUAGUUAAUACUAAACUGACCUAAACGAUAUGACUAUUGACAGCUGAGUUAAAAGAAAAAUCAAUCAAUAAAAUAAUAUAACUUGAUCGUUAUUCGUUCUACUUUUGGUUGAAAUUACUGCUUACUAAUCACUGCUUAAGAUGAUUGUUAACCAAUUUCAAAAACAUUUGUGUUGCACGCAAUAGGCCAUUUGUUCUUGUUCUUGUGUAUUACCUAUUUAUUCCCCUUCUCAAGGUGUUCCGGCUUUGCAGUCCGCGUUCGCCUUGUCAGUGGGUACCAACAAACACCUGAAAUGUUGUGCUUAAUACACUUUGUUCUAACUUCAAAGUGAUUAGCCGGUGUCCUGUUGUAAGAUUAUUGUAUAUUUUAUUAUGUAUUACACCACAUCGUUACAUCGUUUUUAUUAGUACCAAUAGCUAGAAUUGACGAUAAUACCUAUUCCAAUUAUUCUGAAAAUAAAAAAUGGCAAGCGAAAAAAAGGAUAAAACCCAUUUGAAGAAAAGCCGUGGUCAAAAAAAACGUAAAACAAUAUCAUCACGUUCUUGUAAUUUUGUAUUGUAUAUAAUUUCAUUGUUGCGUAUCAUUUACAACUAUGUUGUAUCUUACAUAUUUGACUAUGUCUAUUCUGAUGUAUCUUCAAAAAAACUGCCUCCAGUUAAUGAUGAUUUGGUACUCGACAGUUGUGUUACCAUUGUAAAUAAAAUUAAAACCAAACAAGUAUCAUGUCGCCAUGUGGUUGAAUGUUUUAUCCAGCGAAUUAAUCAGGUUAAUCCAAUAAUAAAUGCUGUGGUAGAUUUUCGCUAUGACAAAGCAUUAGCUGAAGCAGAUGAAUAUGAUAAACUUAUUCAAUUAGCCGAUUCUGAAGACAAAAUUAAUUUAAUUUUCGAUGGUAAACCAUUAUUUGGAGUGCCAUUUACUUCCAAAGAAAGCACAGGAGCUAAAGGCAUGGCUUGGACGUUUGGAAUGUUAUCUAGAGUUGGUAUGAAAUGUCAUGAAGAUGCUGAAAUUGUUAAAUCAUUGAAAACUGCUGGGGCAAUACACAUAGCUAACACAAAUGUUCCCGAAUUAAAUUUAUGGUGUGAAACUAGAAACAAGGUUUAUGGACAAACUAAUAAUCCUUAUGACACAAGACGAACAGCUGGAGGUUCAUCUGGUGGAGAAUCUAGUCUAGUAUCAGCAAGUGGCAGUCCAUUAGGUCUUGGAACAGAUAUUGGCGGAUCUGCACGUAUACCAGCGUUUAACUGUGGUAUUUUUGGACACAAAUUAACAACAGGCAUUAUUAACACCAAAGGUAUGACAUUUAGAAUGGGAACCGAAAAGCACACUAUGGUCAGUGCUGGACCUUUGACAAAAUAUGCUGAAGAUUUGACUCCUGUUAUUAAAGCUCUUGUAGGCCCUGAAAAGUCUAUAGAAAUGAAAUUAGAUCAACAAGUAGACUUGUCAAGUCUGAAAUAUUUUUAUGUUGAUAACCCUAAAGACCGAAGACUUAGCCCUAUUAGCGAUGAAUUACAAAUGUCAUUAAUUCGUGUAAUAAAUUCAAUAAGUUCCAUUACUGAUUUGCCUCCACUUAAAGUUACAUUACCUGGUGUAAGGUAUAGUUAUACGUUGUGGAGAUAUUGGAUGUCAAAAGAAGAAGAUUCAGAUUUUCCCGGAGCAUUGGGAAACCUAGAGACUAGAAUUUCUGUUUGGCAAGAAGUACCAAAAUUGAUUGUAGGUCAAUCAAAACAUACUUUAGCUGCCAUUUUAAAAUUAAUUGAUUUGGAACUUCCAAAAGUGAAUGAAAUUUGGGCUGAAGCUGAAACUGAGAAGCUUUCGAAAGAACUAUCGACCUUAUUGGGUGACGAUAGUGUGUUAUUUUUUCCAUCAUCUCCAACUACAGCUAAACGUCAUUAUGAACCAUUUUUAUACCCCUAUAACUUUUCAUAUUGGGCGAUUUUCAAUGUAUUAAAACUACCAGUGACUCAAGUACCACUAGGUUUGGGUAAAAAUGGUUUACCACUAGGAAUACAGGUAGUAGCCGGUAAAAAUCAAGAUAGAUUGUGUGUUGCUGUAGCAAAACACCUUGAAAGUACAUUUGGUGGUUGGAAACCUCCAUUUACUUCAAGUGCCUAGUACAUUAUACAUCUAUAAUCCAUGAACUUGAAAGUUGUGUAAUCUUAAGGGUACACACAUCGUAGACCGUAUUCCAAUGGAUUUAGAGUAUUAUCUAUAUUUUGGUCUCCAUUUCCAUUUAUGCCAUUUUUUUUCUGUUAAGUUACCAAUUAUGAUUUAUUUUUAUGGUGAAAAUUUAAGGUGUACAAUUUUUUUGUAUUUUUUUUUGUUAAUUUUGACAUUUAAUAGGUAUUAUUUAUUAAAUUAUUAUAUUCGAUUUAUCUUAUAAAGCUCAACUCAACAGCUUUUUAGAUCUUGAAAAAAAAAACUGCAUUUCAAAAUUGUGCAUAUAUAUUAUGUAAGUAUUUAGGUUAUAGUUGAUGUUUAGAAUGUCUAAUCAGUAGGUUUUUUAAUAUUAUAUUUUUUUUUACU